AUGCCACCGACGACAGGCACGAGAACGUCUACUAGACAGGGACGGGCUACUGUUCGGCCUACGAAUUACUAUGCGCGUACCUUUGCUGGUAGACUCGCAGCGAGCGGUAUGGAGCAGACACCUGAAGCUGCCAACAGCGCGCCCGGCUUCCUCCCAGCCCUCACGCACUUCACAGGCGCCGUAGAUGCGUUUCCCAAGGAGAUGAUCAAGCAUUUCUCGCUAUUCAAGGAAGUCGAGGCCAAGCUCUUCGAUCCGGAGCACAUGCUCAAGGAGCUGCUCGACCAAAUCGCCCAGCUGCCCGUCACAACAAGAGGACAGUUGAGGUCGACCGAAUCUUCCGCAGGGGCCGACAGCAGCGCCAGUGAUUCCCCCCCUCACCUCGGCAAUGCCUCACCUGAAGAGCAAGCGACGACAGAGAAGCGUCAGCUCAUGCACCGCCUCUGCAUUCUUAUCCGGGGCAUGAUGUCCACACUCGACGAGAAGUUGGUCGUCCUCCAGGGCGCAAAGGCCACCAAAGACAGAGGCCUUGCGCGCAUGCACCACUCGUACGCCCAGCUCGACGGCGAAAUUAGCGACGAAGCGCGAUACGGCAGCCUGACGCAUUGGGCGUACGCGGAUAAAGAAGAGAAGAAGAAGGGCGGCCCGUCCCACGAGCGGCAGAGGCGCGAGGUAGCGGCCGCGAAUAACCUUGCGGCGGCGGCCCAGCACGUGCAUGAUGUGGACUCGAUUGCUGCGAAGAGCGAGGCCCGACGUGAAGCUAUGCAGGCGAACAAGCGCAGCCGGCACCAGCAGAUUGAUUCUGACUUCGAUGACCGACCAACCAAGAAACCGCAGAAAAGGAAGCCCAUGCCCACAGAGGCAGCGCCAGACAACCGCAGCGUCGGUCUGGGGAUAACGAGCAAUGGCGCAGGUCCUCACAACAAGCGAAAGAAGACGGAAAAGGCACUCGCUGCCGCGGCACCAGCUGCCCCGCCAAUGGAACGAACCGUGAGCAGCGCCCUAAAGAUUGCUGGCAAUGGAGUACGGGGCGGAUCAAGCCCACGAGGAACCCCAGUUCCAGAAAGCGGACCACCCAAGCGCAAACCACGAGCGCCUCCCGUCCCUGCCCAGCGUAAGAAUCCGCUACCAACAUACUCUCCCCCAAUGGCCUCAUCACCCCUGGCUGCCAACUUUGCUAUCAAUAAGGCAACUGCAGGUACAUCAGAUCGGCCGCUGUCGGCGCGUGCACGAAAGAAUUCGACAGCGAACUCUGUUGCAUCGCUCAAAGACCAGGAGGCUCCAGCUGGGCGUCGUCCUUCCACCUCCCACUCUGUACAACAUGUCACCAGCAACGCCAUUACCGAGCUCGAGCAGGCUGCCGGCAUCGUACGCGAUGACACGUCAGCCAAGGGCGCUUCCGCAAAAGAGACGGCAGAGACAUCACCAGCGUUCGACACAGCGACGAUGAAACUAGAAGAUUUGGGACAGCCAGAGCCUGAGCGCAUGGACAUCGACACGCCGCUACAGCUGCCCGUUGCGAGCAGGCCCGGCCGAACCUCAAAAACAGCGACACCUGUCAUUGGAAGCUUUCCCGAGAUAUCCAUGGCGCGAAGUCGCAGCAGCCGCAACGCGAACAAUGGCACCAAUUCUACUACUUCGUCGGAGAACAACAGCACGGUGACUGGCACAGUCUCUAAACGAGGCAAGAAGAACGCGCAGUCGAACGCUGCAGCUGCUUCCCCUGCAAUGAAGCCCACGCAAAACGUCAAGUCGAACCCUCCAUCGUCCGCAGCAAGUUCAGUCGCACAAGAGCAGGAAUACCAGGAACCAGAGGCAGAGGCGGAGCCCGAAGCCGAGUCAGAAGAAGAUGGAGACGAGCCCCGAUACUGCUACUGCAACGAAGUGUCGUAUGGAAACAUGAUAGCCUGCGACAACGACGACUGUCCCCGUGAGUGGUUCCACCUCGCCUGUGUACAUCUAGAGAAGGCGCCCACAGGCAGGACAAAGUGGUUCUGCAGUGACGAGUGCAAGGAUACCCACGCCAAAGCCAAGACCAAGGGGGGCCGUCCGGGGAGUAGUAGGCAAUAG